AUGGUUAUCGCGAGUCACCUCCAAUUUGAUAAAAACGAGGAUAAAGUAAAAAUAAAAGUAGAAGAAGUAGACGAAGAAGAAGACGAAGAAGAAGAAAUACCAGCCAUAUUAGAAGAGACUGAAAUACUUCAUCGACUACGGGAAUACAAUGAGCUAAUAACAUGGAUGGACAGCGAAUUCCAGAAUCAAAGUCAAGACCUUUUCCACAAGAAACUCGAACGCAUGCAGCAUGAAAUGCUCGAUAUUCAACAAGGUUCUCAUCCUGCCUACUUGGACGAGGUAUCCGAUCUUAAGCUUAAACGAGAAAAGACUAUUUUCAGUGCAGAGUGCUUUAUGGCGUAUCAGCUAGAAUUUGCAGAGGGACAGCACGCCCAGAGUAUGAAUACAAUUCAGGACGAAUUCGAAAUGGAACGCCGUCACUUGCACACCACUCUAAUGACAAUUAUUGAUGAUCGACGAAAACAAAUCAAGGAGGAUAAAUUGGAAGACAAGUCAUUCAAUAUAGAAGUUCCUGUAGAUGUCUUCCAGGAUGCCCAUUCGCGCAUCUCCCACCGUCGUAACCUUCGUAACAAUAAAAAGCCACAAGGUGACAAACUUCAUGGAUUAUCAUCACGACAUGAACCCACUAGGCGACGACAAGCACGAGUCGUAACUCUUCACAAUAUUCACGCACAGCCAUUUUCAAAAGAAGAAGAAGAACUAAAGGCUGAUUUUAUCAGUAUGAAAAUUCGAUAA